AUGACAAUAAUAAUUCUCUCCAAGAGAAACUGCGGCCUUUCUGAAUGCACCUCUGCCUACAUGGUGGCCAUGGCAACUGCAGCUCUUCUCGUCAUGAUCUUCAGUGUAAUUGGGUAUCACGUUUUGGGUUUUCACUUGACACAUUCCUUCUUCUCCUACACUGGCGUUUGUAUGCUACUUAAUUACAUGAAUGUAACCAGCCUGUUAAUGGCUGUGUGGUUCACAGUCUUAUUCACAUUUGAUCGAUAUGUAGCUAUAUGUUGUGACAGGCUGAAAACAAAGUAUUGCCGAGUGAGGACAACGGCUACAGUUGUAAUUAUCACCACUGCCCUGGUUUUCCUAGAGAGCAUACCCUUUUGGUUUGCAUAUGAACCAGAAGAAGUAAUCGGUCAUGUUCAGUGGGGUUGUCGCGCUAAAUUGAACUUCUUCACUUCGUCACUGGGUGUAGCAUUCUCCUGGUUACACAGUAGUUUAGUUCCUUGGAUUCCAUUUUCCUUGAUAUUCUUAUUUAAUUGUUUCACCAUCAGACGUAUAAUAGUCGCUAAUAGAGCUCGCAGGUCAAUUCGAGGACGUAAUAGUGACUGUCAAAGAGACCCAGAGAUGGAGAGUCGAAGGAAAUCCAUAAUUUUACUCUUCACUAUUUCUGGCAGUUUUAUUCUGCUGUGGAUGACAGCAGCUGUCAGUUUUUUAUCCACUAGAAUAACAAACACCACACAUUAUCGAGGUGAUUAUACAGCUCCUGCCUAUAUUGCCACUGAAACUGGCUACAUGCUGAUGUAUUUGAGUUCAUGCACAAAUGUGUGCAUUUAUGCAGCCACACAAAGUAAAUUCAGGCAAGAGCUGAAAAAAUUGGUGACAUUUGGGGCAGCAUGGUGGCACAUUCUAAUAUCAGUUAACCGAAAGGAAAAGUGA